GAUUUUAAAUUUUCAAAAGGAAGCCGAGAAAUAUUUUUCGUUUUAUCAGUUCGUUGAAUUUUCUGAACAAAUCACUGAAAUCAGAACAAAGUUUCAUUCCUGCUUUUCCUUCAAAGGUACGUAUUUCUGCAGAUCAGUCGUAGGACUGUGGUGAUAUAUGUAUCACAGAACAUAGCUACCAUGAGAGGAGUACCUGUCAUCAAUUCUUGGAAGUGUUACAUUAAAUAAAGUCCUUUGAAAGUCCGAAAUGUAUUUAUCAAAUAUAACAGAAGAACUGAAGAUACCCAAGUGUUAUCUUAGGGAACUUGACAAAUCUGAUCGGUAUUUAGCCAGCGUACAUCAUGUUUGGUUACGUGAACUCAAAAGAAGCAGUAUUUUGAAUGAUUUCAUAUCCCAUGAUAGCUUUUCAUCCGGUGAAAUACAAGCCAAAUUGAAGCUUAAUGAAUCUUUGGGUCAGACAUGGUGUCAUAUUAUAAUCUCCGUUUUACCAAAAAGUGACAAAAAAGUCGUCCCUUUACCGAGACAGCGCACUCAGUUGCAAUCUUCAGAAGAUGAUCUGACAUAUUCUCAAUUAUUGCAGUAUAUUUCGUUGACAAAUCAUAAAAAUUUAUGGAAGGAAUCGUUCAAAAAAUUCAACGCUCGAUACACUCCACAGUCGAAUUCAAAGGAAUUCUCCUCUUGUAUCAAUCUUAUUCCUCAUGAUACCGCCGUUAGAGAUAUAAUUACAAGAAUUUACGGAUGUCCUAUAACUCGAUUACACAUAACACCAACUGUAUCUACGAAUGUAUUAUCGUACGAGCCUUAUCCGAAUGUUUUACCCGCUUGCGCUGCCUUCGAAACAAAUUCCUUUUUUUAUAUUUUACAAGAAACAUCGAACAAUUUCACGUUACAAGAUUGUGUUAAUUUUAGUCCUGCUAUUUUGGGUGAAAAUUAUUACAAACCUUUAUUCAUCGCUUAUCAAUUACUUCGUGUGAUGCGAGAUAUGCACGAUAAAGGUUUAGCUUUAGGUGACAUAACUCUGUCAGAUGUGCUGAUAUCAAAUAAUUUAUGGAUCCAAGUCAUUCCAAAACUUAGCGAUAACAUUUAUGAUCCUCCUAAACCUUCGAGCGAUCGAGUUCCUAAAGAACAAAUGGGCAAACGAACACCAACGAGUUCCAGUUCAAUUUCAUCAGAUAUUUCGAGCAAAUACCCUUCUCAAGAGAAAAACGAUGUCUUAGAUAUCGGACAUUAUUGCGAACAAUGGGUCUUGGGAGCUUUAAGCAAUUACGAUUAUUUAAUUAUUUUAAAUAAAUUAGCCGGCAGAAAAUACGGCGAUCCGCGUAGUCAUUACGUAUUUCCAUGGGUUUCCGAUUUCACUUCUAGAAAUGGUCUUAAUUGGAGAGACUUGACUAGAUCAAAGUUCCGUCUGAAUAAAGGUGAUCGGCAACUCGACCUUACUUUCGAUGUACCCUGCGGUGAUAUCAAACUCCAAGUACCUCAUCAUGUUUCUGAUAUUUUAUCAGAGAUAACGUAUUACGUAUAUUUAGCUCGGAUUACUCCUAAAACGGUCCUAUGUAAGUAUGUUCGAUCUCAGUGGGUACCUGCCGAAUAUCCUGUAUCUAUUCAAAGACUUCAACAAUGGACCCCUGAUGAAUGUAUACCGGAAUUCUUCAGCGAUCCUAAUGUUUUCAAGUCUAUUCAUCCCGAUCUUCCCGACUUGGAAAUGCCUGCUUGGGCCAACAGUCCGCAAGAUUUUAUCAAUUGUCAUCGAGCUGCGCUGGAAAGUACUUGUGUAUCGGAACGUUUGCAUCAUUGGAUUGAUUUAACAUUCGGAUAUAAAUUAUCAGGCGUAGCUGCGGUUAAAGCGAAAAAUGUUUGUUUGCAAUUGGUCGAUAAUCAUACCUCUUUGACAUCUAGUGGAGUUAUGCAAUUGUUUACUCAUCCACAUCCUCAGAAAUUCAUUCCGUCUCCGUAUUUAUCGAAAACUCCUCCUCGUCUAUUAAAACCAAGAGCAUAUAUUGAUGAAGAUGAUCACAGUUCUGGUCCCGAUGAAUCUGAUGCUCAUCAUUCUUCUUUAGGAGUUUCGAAAUUUCUCAGUAGGUCUCGAAAUUCUCUCAGUUACACAUCGCCAGCCAAUUCAGAAGCAAUCAUGUUACAUCUUCCUCAAGGUUACAAUCCUGUCCAGUCUCUGAUUUCGUUCGAAAAUACAUACACUUUCGUUACAAAAACCUGCAAUAAGCCGAAAAUUACGCUUCAAAAUAUUCGUAUCGAAUCUGAAAAGAAUAUUUCAACUCAGUAUAAACAAGUCGUAGCAACCAGGAGAGCUCAAGAAAUGCUGGUUUUCGGCUGUAUUUUGGUUGAACUAUUUAUGCCAUCGAAAUUACGCGCGAUGGGUAGCAAUCUCCAAGUACCUUGUUUUAAAAGACGUCUAGAAAAUUGCCGAGCUGUGCUUUGUGGCAAACGGGAGGAUAUUCCAAAAUGUAUACGAUCCGUUGUCACAUUACUUCUGCAAACAGAAAAUAUCACCGGAGUACAAACGUCCACCGGUAUACGAACAUAUCCUGUUACUGAAUUCGGCAUACCGCCUCCGUCUGCUCAUCAACUUUUACUCUCAAAUUUAUCGUCGUAUUUGUUACCUUUACCGUCGUCGUUUGUCUACCUUUAUGCUUCGAUAAAAACAUUCCAAGAUUUUGUAUCUUUGGAAGAAGAAUUAAAAUAUAUUAAAACCGAAUCCAGUGUUAGCGGAUCGUUCGACGAAGCUGUACAAUUAAUAUCGAAACGUAUCAACGAAAAUAAAAUCACAGAUCUGUCUAAACGUAUACAAACUUUAGAUGAUACGGAAAAAUACGCUAUACUCAUGAAUCCUAGAUGGAUGGAUUUCAUUUUACCAGUUGUACUAAAUUUAUUACAAGAUAAAAAAUCCGAUGUCACUACAGCUUGGCAUUUGUUGGAAUUAUGUACCAGAGUUCUUGGGCCUCAACAAUCUGUAGCGGUUUUGCUCAAACCAACCAUGAAAUUAUACGAGUUCAAAGAGGACGAUUCGCUGGCUAUAGAACAACAAAGAUACAACGAAGCUAAAAGACUCAAGCUAUAUCAUCGAACAUUUUUGCUACGUCUGAUUGUAGGGUUCGGUUUGAAGAAUUUCUUGGAAAACUUCGUUAUAUUUUUAAUCGAAGCUGUCGGCGGGUACCAAGAUAAUGAGAAUAAAAUUAAAUCUAACGCGAACCCGGUGCAAAGAUUGAAUGAAGUGAAUAAUUUCCUCGUUACUGAAAUCGAAUCUGAAACGAAACAACCUCAUUCGAACGAAGACAAGGACUCAAGUCAAUUUGAAUUCUCAGUUGCUAAACCUGAGAACGAUUCUGAGAAUAAUCAAGAACCUCCUGAAAAAAUACCCGAAGUUGAAGAAAUUGAUUCAGAUACCGAUAACUUGACUUCUUUACACGAAGUAUUAUUGGAUGAAAGAGAAGUAUUAUCAGACGACGAUAAACCUUACGCUAACGCCGAAGUCAUAAAUAACACUUACGAAGAGAUAAUACCAGCAUCGGAAAAUCUAGCCAACGACGCUGCUACCGAAUCCAGUCAAAUUGUGGAAAAAGGAAUUAACGAAUGUUGCAAAAUCGCCGAAGUAAGCGCUGAAUCGGUCGUUUGGUUGGCUCAUCGUUUAGGACCUGUGCUGACUGCGAAAUACUUGACGAGAAAUUUAUUACGAAUGCUCACUUUGUGCUAUUCCGGUGACUUAUUCGCCGAAGAAAAAUCUUCGCAUGUUAUCAACUGCUUGAUUAAUAUCGCGAGUGUUUAUGGAGAGCAAUUCGUUAUUUUGCAAUAUAUACCUCAUAUGGCGGAUUUGAUCACAGCUUGCAAACAUAGUAAAAUGACGCCUGCCUUAGAAGGUGGCCUUAUCGGAUACAUAACAUUAUUCAAAUACGUGAUCACCUUCUUGUCGACUAAUACGUUGAAAGAUUUGAUACAAGAACCAAUUAGUAAAUCAGUAUUACAUCCUGCAAUACGUCUUAUGGCAUCUACGAAGAUUCUGUUUCCUUCCGGAUCAACUGCUAGAUCAUUAUUGGCAUCCAGACUGAUAGAUUGUUUGUAUAUUCUUGGCAUGAGAUUAGGGCAUUUGAUAUCACGAUCGUUGCAACGAUUUUUUGUAGCUUUUGAUAAACUUCGAAUGUCCGACAAUGAAGACUCGGCUAAUGCUUCGAAGUACGGUAAAUUUCCGAAUCCAUCUGAUAAUGAAAAAGUUGUCAAUAGUGAUUCGGCCGAAUCGCCUAAUUCACCUUCCCCUACUCCGCAAAAUGGGCAAGAUAAAGAACAACUUAAAACUAAAGUUAUGGAAGAAUUAUGUAACGUACUAACGCCGGAAUUGGCUUACGAGGCGUAUUCGGUAUUUACGAGAUAUUUCGGCGAAUCUUUCAUGCAACGGUCGCUCAUUAAUUUGGAUUUUAUUCAGCAAUUGUGCGCUAUUUAUAAAGAAGAAAGACAGUUGUCUGGAUACUCGAAGUCUGACAUCAAAGAAGGCAUCAAAGCGUUAGAAGAAUAUGAUGGAUCACAUGCGACAGUCAGUGGAAAUAAAAUUCAUUUUCCGGAUUCCAGUAUCGAAGCAGCGGACGAAUGUAAAGAAAUACACGACGAAUCGAGACACUUACGUGGAAACUGGUUAGCUUAUUGGGAGUACGAGGUAGGCAGAUCAUCAAACGACACCAAGUUCAACUUCAAGCAAAUAAAAUUGCAAGGAUUUGUCGGCCACACGAAUACGGUGAAAAGUUUACAAAUAUUGGAUAAUGAAAACAGCUUCAUGAGCGGAAGUCGAGAUAAAACCGUUAAAUUAUGGUCAUUGAGAAGUCAAGGAGACGGAAAUGCUGUUUCGCAAUGCCAAUACACUUACAGUAAUCAUCAUAAAUCGGUAUUAUCGUUGGGAUUCUGCGAAAGAUCUCGUCUUGUAGCAUCGUGCGACUCGGUUGUUCAUCUCUGGGAUCCUUUUAUUGGCAGAUUGAUCUCAGUAGUAAGGAACGGAUAUCCAGUCAAUACCCUGGUACCGUUACCUGCUCCGAAUGCCACCAUUAUUGCUGCCAAUACACACGCUUCGUUAAACGUGCUCGAUACUAGGACAGCUUCUUAUGUUUCCGAAUUGAAAGUUUGCGUUAAUGCUACGGGUCUCAUCAGGUGUAUUGCUGUAUCACCCAGUAGUAAUUGGGUCGCGAUCGGACAGUCGUCUGGAAUAAUGGCGGUGCUUGAUUUACGUACUGGAAAUAUCAUAUCGUCUUGGAAAGGUCACGAAGGCGAGGUUCUGCAAUUAUUAGCAAUCAGUGAAAACAGACUAAUUACUUCGUCUCUAGAUCAAUCCAUCUGCGUAUGGAAUGUUUCCGAUGGCAAAUUGAAUUUCAACCUCAAAGGUCCUGUCGAACCAGUCCAUUGCUUGGCCCAAUACGACGACGAAUUAAUAUCCGGAACGACUGCUAAUAGAAUAGGAGUCCAUACCGGUAUCAGUAACGAUGCUUCUUUCUCAUCGACUAAGCUUAGAUCUGAUACAUUCAAAGGGGUCUUAACAACAACCACAGUCUUACCAUUAAAUCGAUUAUUACUUCUCGGAGCUGAUACCGGUUAUAUCACCUUGCUGUGUUAAUCAAUCAAUAAUUUCGAACAUCAUCACUUUAUACAAUAAAUCUAGUCAUAUUUUUAAACUUAUUACUAUAUAAUGUAAACGAAGUGUUAUAUGUUUUUAAAAAACAAUUUUUAUAUUCAUUUUAUUUUGUACUAUACCUGUGAUUCGACAAUUAGUAUUUUAUUUAUUUAUUUUUUUGUAGAUUAUCUUUUAAUAUCAGACGUGAAGAAAGUAUUAUACCUACAAGUUAUACGUAAUUAUUGUUUUUUACUUCGCAUAUAAGCUCGGUUCCUGUUUUUAAUGAAUAAAUAAUAAUUAUUAUGUAGAAAACAAUUGUUAAAUAAAUAAAACUUCUUUCAACGUUA